UUUAAGAAAGGAAUAGCUGUAAUCUGAAGCCGGCUGGACCGCUGGGUUAAGAAGCAGAAAAACAGCUGAACUGCUUACUGGAGCCCUUCUAAGUGCAGGCGGAGAGGGACCCAGGGAGUACAGCUGCCCCAACCGCAGCACCAGGAUGCAGGCACUUGUGCUACUCCUCUGGACCGGAGCCCUGCUUGGGCACAGCAGCUGCCAGAGCGUUGCCAGCAGCCCUGAGAGCUCUGCAGCCCCUGACAGCACGGGGGAGCCAGCGGAGGAGGAGGACCCCUUCUUCAAGGUCCCUGUGAACAAGCUGGCAGCCUCAGUCUCCAACUUUGGCUAUGACCUGUACCGCACGAGAUCCAGUGAAAGCCCCGCUGCCAACGUGCUGCUGUCCCCGCUCAGUGUGGCCACGGCGCUCUCUGCCCUUUCGCUGGGCGCAGAACAGCGAACAGAAUCCAUCAUUCACCGAGCUCUCUAUUAUGAUCUGAUCAGCAGCCCUGACAUCCACAGCACCUACAAGGACCUCCUCACCACUGUCACCGCCCCGCAGAAGAACCUCAGGAGUGCUUCCCGGAUUGUGUUUGAGAGGAAGCUGCGUGUAAAGUCCAGUUUUGUGGCACCGCUGGAGAAAUCAUAUGGGACCAGGCCCAGAAUCCUCACUGGCAACCCUCGCGUGGACCUUCAGGAAAUUAACAACUGGGUGCAGGCCCAGAUGAAAGGAAGAAUCGCCAGGUCCACAAGGGAAAUGCCCAGUGACAUCAGUGUCCUCCUCCUUGGUGUGGCUUACUUCAAGGGGCAGUGGGUAACGAAGUUUGACCCUAGAAAGACUUCCCUCCAGGAUUUCCACUUGGAUGAGGAAAGGACUGUGAGAGUCCCCAUGAUGUCAGACCCCAAGGCCAUUUUACGCUAUGGCUUGGAUUCUGAUCUUAACUGCAAGAUUGCCCAGCUGCCCUUGACCGGAAGUACGAGUAUCAUUUUCUUCCUGCCCCUGACGGUGACCCAGAACUUGACUAUGAUAGAAGAGAGCCUAACUUCUGAGUUCAUUCAUGACAUAGACAGAGAACUAAAGACUAUCCAGGCGGUUCUGACUAUACCCAAGAUGAAGCUGAGUUACGAAGGGGAAGUCACCAAGUCCCUGAAGGACAUGAAGCUACAAUCCUUGUUUGAGUCACCGGACUUCAGCAAGAUCACAGGCAAACCUGUCAAGCUCACUCAAGUGGAACACAGGGCUGGCUUUGAGUGGACUGAGGAGGGGGCAGGAACCAGUCCAAGCCCAGGGCUCCAGCCUGUCCGCCUCACCUUCCCCCUAGACUACCACCUGAACCGACCUUUCAUCUUUGUACUGAGGGACACAGACACAGGGGCACUUCUCUUCAUAGGCAAAAUUCUUGACCCCAGAGGCACUUAAUGCUCCAGUUUAACAAUGCAGUGCCCAAGAAGGAAGUCCUAAAGGGCAGGGGUGGCAAAUUAUGCAUUUCAGGAAGGCUUCCCCUAGUUUCAAUGUAUCCUUUGCAAUAAACCAACUUUUUCCUUAA